GAGUUGUGGAGCCAAGCAGCUGCUGAGCCGAGGCUUGACGUGCAGCUGAGAUGAAGCCGCACUCCGAUUGGCUCUGAUUUUGGACUUUUUUUUUUUUUUUUUUUUUUUUUACAUAUAAAAAAAAAAAAAGCCAUUUUCAUUCAAGCGGUUUGUCAACAUGGCAGAGCCGUCGGUGGCUGCAAAAAUGGCGUCACUUGUCCCGGUCCGAGCCGCGACUCUGAUUCUCCUGACCGUGUGCUUAAUUGCACCGACGCGCGCCAAAGAAGGCGGGGGAGAGGAGACCGUCAUCAUCGGCUUGCGCCUGGAGGACACAGACGACAUUUCGUUCAUGGACCGGGGCUAUCUGCGGGUUAGUGAGCGCUCCCGGGUCAAGUUACGCAUCUACGGGCACAACAUCAACAACGAGACGUGGUCCAAGAUCGCGUUUACAGAGCACGAGCGGAUGCGCGCUGUCUCCAGCCUCGGGAGCUCCAACGGCGACAACAAGAGCCACGAGGAGACACAGGGUUUGCACCCGUGUGGAAUCAGGACAUCAGACAUCUUAAUCUUGCCCAACAUCGUGUUAAGCCGUAAGACCUCCGGAGUAGUGGAGAUCGAUGUCAAACCUCUUAGGAAGACCGAAAGGAGCAAAGCGUAUUACCUGUGCGUCGCGACAUCCACACCGACUGGCACGCACGACCUGUGGACGGAAAGCACGUGGAUAUACCACGAAGGGGAGGACACCAAGGUGAUCGUGGUGGAGGAGAGGAAGUUUCUGCUCCCCUUUUGGCUCCAGGUGAUCUUCAUCUCCAUGUUGCUGUGCCUCUCCGGGAUGUUUAGCGGCUUAAAUUUGGGGCUUAUGGCCCUCGACCCGAUGGAGCUUCAGAUCGUGCAGAAUUGUGGCACCGAGCGCGAGAAGACCUACGCGCGUAAAAUCGAGCCGGUGCGCAGCCAGGGGAACUACCUGCUAUGCUCACUGCUGUUAGGGAACGUGCUGGUGAACACCACCCUCACCAUCCUGCUGGACGACAUCGCCGGUAACGGUCUGAUCGCCGUGGUCAUGUCCACGAUCGGCAUCGUGAUUUUUGGCGAGAUCGUGCCGCAGGCGAUAUGCUCGCGCCACGGGUUGGCCGUGGGCGCCAACACCAUCUUCCUUACCAAGUUCUUCAUGCUGCUCACGUUUCCCGCGUCGUACCCGGUCAGCAAGCUGCUCGACUACCUUCUCGGCCAGGAGAUCGGCACCGUGUACAACCGCGAGAAGCUGCUCGAGAUGCUGCGCGUCACCGACCCUUACAACGACCUGGUUAAGGAGGAGCUGAACAUCAUCCAGGGCGCGCUCGAGCUGCGCACCAAGACCGUGGAGGACGUGAUGACGCCGUUGCGCGACUGCUUCAUGCUGGCCGCAGACGCCACGCUCGACUUCGCCACGGUCAGCGAGAUCAUGGAGAGCGGCUACACGCGCAUUCCCGUGUUCGAGCAGGAACGCUCCAACAUCAUCGACAUGCUCUUGGUUAAAGAUCUGGCGUUCGUCGACCCGGACGACUGCACGCCGCUCAAGACGGUCACCAAAUUCUACAGCCAUCCGCUGCACUUCGUCUUCAACGACACCAAGCUGGACGCCAUGCUCGAGGAGUUCAAAAAAGGGAAGUCACACUUGGCGAUAGUUCAGAGGGUCAACAAUGAAGGGGAAGGGGAUCCCUUUUAUGAGGUGCUUGGGAUUGUCACCCUGGAGGAUGUCAUAGAAGAAAUAAUAAAGUCGGAAAUCCUGGAUGAGACAGAUUUAUACACCGACAACAAAACAAAAAAGAAAAUCGCCCAUCGGGAGAGGAAGCAGGAUUUCUCGGCCUUCAAGCCCAUGGACAAUGAAAUGAAGGUUAAAAUAUCACCUCAGCUUCUACUGGCUACUCUGCGUUUCCUAGCAACAGAAGUGGAAAUAUUUGCAGUGAAUCAGAUGUCUGAGAAGAUCUUGCUGAGGUUGCUGAAGCACCCAAAUGUAAUCCAGGAACUUAAGUUCAACGAGAAGAACAAAAAGGCACCAGAACAUUACCUCUAUGUCCGCAACAGACCAGUGGACUACUUCAUCCUCGUCCUACAGGGGAAAGUCGAAGUGGAGGCAGGAAAGGAUGGUAUGAAGUUUGAAGCUGGAGGGUUUUCAUCAUACGGGAUGAUUGCCCUCACUGCCUCUCCAGUUUCUUAUUCCCUUUCUCGCAGUUGUGUGUUUAAGAGGUCAGAAUCAAUAGGAGUAUCUCCAGAGAACAAGUCUCCUCCUCGACCAUAUGGACUGAACCACUCUGACUCACUGAACCGGAGUGACCGCAAUGAAGCUAUUAAUCCCCCACUGGGCAGCAGCAACAACCAGCUCAACUCCUUUCUGCAGAUUUACACUCCAGACUACACAGUUCGAGCCAUCACAGACCUUCUUUAUGUCAAGAUCACCCGUCAGCAAUACCAGAAUGCCGUGAUGGCGUCACACAUGGAAAAGGCACCGCAGCCAUUGGACAGCGAGUACACCAAAAUUGAACUGACUCUCAAUGAGCUGCACGACGGCGUGGCCGACGAGACGGACAUUCUACUUAACCAGACGCAGAACUGUGUUGCCCUCAAAAAGGUGAACCACAUGGUGCACAAUGAGGGUACCGUCUAGCCCCCAGCGGGGUGGUUGGGGGUUUACAAAAGGGUGAAAAAGGAAGCUGCUUAUGUUUUUUUCGCCUUCUCAAUUGUCUCCGCCACCCCCUGUAACAACUGGACAUUAAACCACUAUGGACUGCUAAAUCAGUGUCUGGGUUUUUGGACCCGAUAACAGGACUGGAACAACCAGUUCAGUUCCACACACACCCUGCCGUGUGCCUGUCCACCAGACCAAAGAGUUUGGAGUUUGGACACCCUCCCCCAUCUGUCAUAAGGCCCUGAACAUACUCCUCAACUAUCCCCUUUAAAGUGCCAGGAGGGAUUCUGGGAUAGAGGAGGACCACAAUUCAAACGGACUACGUUCUACAACUUCAUCAGGCCGACGUUGUAAUAUGGUGAGUCAAAGACUGUGCCAAAUACCAAUUUGAAGGAAACCAUGAACCGCUUACCAAUAACAUUUUUCUCCUGUAUUUAUUUAUUUUAUACAUGUCUACUGUAUAUAUGUGUGUGCAUGUAAUUACAGGCACAUGCCAAGAACACACCUUUGUAAAGUUCACUGUAAUGUUUGUACUGUAUAUGUUGCGAGUGUGAAUGUGAUGCCAUGCACAUGCUAUAGUAUAUACAUAGUUACAAAUACAUUGCUGUAUGUGUAAUGGUGAGGGUAUUUUACAUAUAUUGUAUAUUACAGAUAUUGUUAUUUUUACUAUUCUAAAUCAGGCGUAUGGUACAGUACAUUUUACACCUUUUUUUUAAAAAAAAAAAAAGAAUCACAGUAUUGCCUUAAAGAAUCAUUAAUUUUUAACAAGUGCAAUGAACCAUAUUUCUAUUUAAAAAGAUGAUUUAUUGAUUAAAAUCAGUUUUAUUGUAAACAGUAGCUCUAUUUGUAUGUGUUCACUGUGUCGCUCGAAUUCGUAUGGACCCCCCCCGUAAGCACUCCCGCACCACCUAAUAGCCUUAAAAGCCUAACUUUCAAGGAUCCGAAUCUCCUUAGUGAUUUAUGACCAAAAUUUAGGAUUGAAUAGGCAAAUAAUUCCAUGCUUCUGUCAAACGAAUUUACAGAGAAUGCAAGGAAAACAAGACCACACCAUCAUAUUUUGCAUGCUGGCUGUAUUCAGAGUUACACAUACAUAUAAUAGGGAUUUAAUACUGAAAUUGCACACAGUAGUAUUCCAAACUCAGACUAAACUCUGUACCUGAUAGCUAUUACAGGAUUCAUGUGAGAGGCGUGUCUUCGUUACAUGGGAUUUUAAACUCUGUAUGCAACACAAUAGGAUGUGCUGGAUCAAGUGCUAUUUUAUAAGCUGCGGAUUAAUGAUGCUAAAAAGCAGUUUUGUUAAAUUAGAUCAGUUUGCGGUGUUAAUCAUUCCAAGAGAAACAAAUUCUCCUUUGUCAGACCGCAUUUUCUAUUCCAGUUGUUUGUGUGCGCUUAAAAACAGGGUACAGCGAGGUAUAAAUGCUGUCGAAAAAGCCCAUUUCCAAUAGUUUAACUCAAGGAAUCCUUAGAGACUUGAACUACACACAAGUGAUUUUGUAUAUUCUGAAUGGUAAGCCUGUGUGUAGCCCAUCUCAUCUCAGCCUAAUUGCUUUGGUGAUUUGAUCUGUAUGUAUCAUGUACAGUACAUAUACAGUACCUUGUAAAUGGAAAGCACUAGGGCUUAUGAAACCUUUAUACAAUUGAUCUUCAUUCUCAUACAUUUUCAAGCCAACUCAAGUUUUUUAAAUAGGGACCAGAAAUAUUUUUUUAAACAAAUAACCAAUUUACUUAAAUUGUGCCUUAUAAUAAAAACAAUACAUACUUUUAUGUGGUCAAGAAUAUUUUCUCUCAUAUUUAGGAGAAAUAUGUCUCUGUGAGAUCUUAGCCAGGUAGAUACCCCAGUUUUACCUAUAAACAUGGCCGCUACAUACACUAAUUCCCAACACACAACCACACUUUCCAGCUCAGUUUCCCUACUACUGAUUGAGCGCUCGUAUACUAAAACGACAUUAAUUCGAAAAGUAAUACGCUCCAUGAGACUUUUGUUCUUUGACUUUACCAAGCCUUGCACUUUGAUUAAUACAACUUUGUUGCUGAACCAAUUCUGUCCUUGUUUUUUUUUUCUUGUUUGCCCUAGUCAAUCUGUUUGUGAAUCGAAUGAACUCUGCCUGUUUUUUGACCAUGUUUUGGUUUAUUAUUUUGAAUUUGCCUGUUUCUGCCCAAUUAAAGUCGUUUUAUUUCAUUUGCA